UUGCUUGGCCCUUUUCCAUUGGGAUUCCGUCGCUGUCUGGUCCUGAUCCUGGUCCUGCUUGUACGUGUAUGUCGGGUAUGUCGUCCGUCUCGUCUCCUCAGAAUAGGCUAGUCAAUGAGUGAGUCCUUCGUCCGUGUGGAUUGAAGUUCAAGAGGCAUCCGAGGUGGAUUGGAUUGGCCGUCUUCCGGUCAUUCGUGUGGCGGUGUGAAUCGUGGCAUCCGUCUGCGCGCAUCAAUCCGUCAAAUUUCCCUCAGGAUUCCCCCAAGGGUGCCGGGACCGAGACUGAAUCGUUGAAUCCUUUCCUCUCCCUGCCUGUUCCACUCGGUCCAUCCAUCCAUCCAUCCAUCCAUCCAUCCAUCCGUUGGUUCUGUACCACCAUGUCCGACUCGGCCAGUUCACCCGGCUCAUCGCCCGGAUCGCCGGAUCCCCAAGACGACUCCAUGGCCAUCGAUCCCAAUGCACCCACCCAACUCAUGGCAUCCGAUCACGAAGACCCAGACCAGGACCACCACCAGACCCACCUACACCCGCUCAGCCAUCAGACUGAGCCCGUGGAUUCGACGCAAAUCGACCCGCAGGCCGCCACUCAAUUGCUUGACGACCAAGAUGGCCCGGACCCUUCCGACCAGGUCCAUCCGCCAGCGCCCGGCAUGGAUUCUCAUCAUGAGGAGGAUGCCGCUCCGGCCACGCAAAUUGAUACGCAAGCCGCCACGCAAAUGUCGGCGGGUUCACCGCGCAGUCGCUCCGGAUCGCGUGCCUCUUCCCGCGCUUCGCGCAAGUCCGGAUCAGCUUCACCCCGGAGCGCCCAUUCUGCUUCUCCCGGCCAACAGCCGACGCGCGCGACGUCCGGCUCCCGUUCGCGCUCCAGAUCGCGCAGUCGAUCGGGUUCGCCGACCGCUGAUCGAGAGCGCUCCCGCUCCCGUUCGGGUUCACGCGGUCGUUCGCGGAGUGGUUCGGGCUCCCCCGUGGCCCGAGCAGCUCGGUCCCGCUCUCGCAGUGGUUCGGGCUCGNCAGUUCAUACAUUCAGCGACCCGAAUGGCAGACCACGGGGCUCCCCCGUGGCCCGAGCAGCUCGGUCCCGCUCUCGCAGUGGUUCGGGCUCGCCCGUGACUCGUCAGGCCCGGUCCCGCUCGGGUAGUCGUGCUUCCAGCGCCUCUUCGAUUCACAGUCGACAAUCCGUCCACUCGAGUUCGGGCUCCUCCCGCGAAGGUCGCCCCACGGCCCCGCGCCCCGGCAGUCGAUCCCGUAGCCGCUCGCCCUCCUCCGACGGCUCGGAUCUGGUGAAUCGCAAGAAGAAACGGGUGGUCAAAGAAGCGUUUGGUGAUAGUGAUGAUGAAAACCGGGCUGAUCGGGCCAGUGGUGAUGAAUCCGAUGCGGCCGGGGGUCAGAAACGGCCUCGUUUGGCUUCGAGUGGGAGUCGUAGUGAGGGCGAGCCCGAAGGUGAAGGCCAAGGUCCGCCCAAUGAGGCGAGUGGUGAGAACGCGGACAAUGCCGAACGCGCGCCGGACUCGUCCGAUGAUGAAGGCACCACCGACCGGAUCGGAUCGCAAAGUUCCACGCAAAAUUCGCUCAUGUCCGAUUUCGAUAUCAUGUUGGAGAAGAAGCGCUCUGAAAUGCGGAAACGGCGGAGGCGAAAGGAUAUUGAUCUGAUUAACGACAACGACGAUGCCAUUGCGAAGAUGAUCGCUGAUAUGCGAUUGGCCGCCCGUGAGGAUCGUGAACUCAAUCAAGCUCGUCAACCCGCCACGAAAAAGAUUUCCAUGCUCACCGUGGUCAUGACGCAGCUCGGGAAAAUUAUCAACGCCUGGGCCCGCCCCAUCUUUAACUUGUCUACCGAUUUCAAGACCGUCACCAAGGAGGAACGGAUGGCGCGCGAUGAGAUGUUAGAGUCGCGCCGUCGUCAGGAAGACAAACCCGAGGAACGCGCCCUUCGACCCGGCGAUCCCGGUUGGUGCUAUCGGGCCCGUGUGCCCAUGGCCACGUCCAGUUCAUACAUUCAGCGACCCGAAUGGCAGACCACGGUGGACAUUUCGGGCAAGACACACAAGGAGGCCACUCGGCUGGAAAAACACAUGCGUGCUGCUCAAGACCGCAAACGGAACGCCAAGGCCAAGCGGGCCGUGGAAAUUUCCAUUGAAGGACGCAAGAUGGCCCUCUAGUUUUUAAUCUGCAUUUGCAAGUGCGGCAUCUCGCCUCUUCUCUUAAUCCAGAGGGCAAGAGAUGAUUCUGUAGUUGAUGAUGAUACUCCGUGCUUUGUGUAACGCUGGCAUUUCGUCCCAAUGUGCAUUAUUAAUAAAGAAUCCCGGAUUGAAUUCGAAUCCAUCGAGUACCAUGCUCUGUAUCUUCCAACUCUCUAUUUCAGA